AUGGUCCCAAUUCAUCCCAUGCGCCACAACUCCACACCAAAUACUUCCACAAGCAGACCACCAACAGCAACGAAAACAACGACUGCAGAUCAACGAGAACAGGCACGCAAAGUUUCUCACAGCGCAAUUGAGCGCCGACGAAGAGAGCGGAUCAACGACAAGAUUCUCCAGCUCAAAGAAUUAAUUCCGUCUUGUGCAGAACAGGACCAGCUGCACAAGAUGAGUAUUCUUCAGAGUGCAAUCGACUACAUCACAUAUCUCAAGGAUAUUGUGGAAACUAUUGACGGAAACCAGGACCGAGUUCAGGGGAAACACAUAAAUGUCAAGACACAUAAGCCUCUUCUGGCCAAAGAGAUCCAGCCCUUCACACACCAAUUUUCAUCAACACAAGAACAGCCGGCGGCAGCUGAAGAAGACGCCUGGUCAGUCAGUUCAACGUCCUCAAUGUCUCCAUCUAUACCAGCCGUGCCUGUAAUUCUGCCACCCCCAUUCUCCGAAAACACACCAACCAGCCCCUUAUUCCACAGCACUAGCAUCCGACCGCACACCCCACUCCACUCUCCCAUUUCAGAACCAGUCACCAAAGGACUCAAGCCAAGCGAUGUUAUCAAAGCCGGAGGAGAGCCGUCCAUUCCUGCAACAGAACCACCAAUUGUCUCGUCAUUAACCUCAUGCAGUAUCACAGACAGCCCCCCAGAGAAAGAAAUCACACUACGGCCAGCAUCACUUUCUUCUGAGAAUAAAGACAUGAGCCUAGAGCAUUUACUAUGCUAA